AAACCCAAAAGUCUUCUGGGGUGUUUUACAACCUAAAGAUGGAAAUGUUUUAGUUCAGUCUGUGAACAGCCACUUCAAAUCCUGCCAUAGAUUCUCAGUUGUUCCGGGCUUUAACUGGGCCAUUUUAAAACAUUUAACAUGCUCUAAUCUAAUUAUAUCCCUAUACAGAUAGAUAUUAUCUAUAUCCAUGAUGAUGAAUUUGUUGAAACGAACGACUGAGAAGGCAGAACUGCCUCAUAAAACGGGAUGAAGCGUGCGCAGGUUACACGCUUAUGUCGGGUUUGUCCUCAAGUGGCUCCUUAUUGUGCCCCGUGGGGUCACGUCGGGACACCUCGGCAGACAGCCGGCUCGGGAAACCAACGAGGCGUACGGUCCGUUGAAAACAACGUCAACCGCCGCGUUUCUUUUUCCCGGGCGACGCAUUGCUCUUUCCGCCUCGCGAUGAAUGUAUAAUAACAGUAAAAUACUGUAUGUAUUUGCCAGGUUUUGGAAUCGUAAAGUGUCAGCGCACCGAGAGUCGCCGAGGAAUGACGUCAGGACGUAUCACAUUGAAUGAUGACGCCUUUAGAUCAUUAAAAAAAAAAAAAAACAGCCGUUAAAAAAUAUCAGAGAAUUAGGUCAGCGAGCUAACACGGUACAACGGCGAGGCAACGAGAGUAACUACCGUGUGUUGGAUUAUAUAACUUUCACCAAGACGCGACUCGGGCACUAAAUAACCUGCUCCGAAGAGGUGAGAGAUGUCCGGCGUUUCCAGCAUCUGCAUGCGGAGCCGCGGCCGCUAGACCGGUCCGUCCGUCCGUCCGCCCGCCCGCCUCCGCCGGGCUUUUUGGAGACCCGCGAGCCCCCCCAAAAAAACGUUAACACUAGCUAGCUGCUGUACCGAGUACCGGCCGGGCUGCGGCUGAGCGGUCAACCGAGAGCCGGAGAGCCGCCGACAGGCUGAAGCCGAAGGUCUCUGGAUAUCGCUGCUCGAGCCGACAUCCUGGUAGCGACACGGCGCGCGUUCCAGUAGUUCCCAGAUACGUAAAUCAAGGACCCUUGCGUGUGAACACAAACACCUGAGACAUGUGAGCCUCCACACUUCUGUCCUAGAUCGUCUUUAUCCUGAGUAGAGGUAAACACAGUGUGGUUUGACGAUGUCAAGCCGCCGGAAAUCGACCACACCUUGCAUGGUGCUGCCCUCUGAUGUGGUGGAGGAGAAAACAGAAAGGACAAAGGAUGAAGAGGCAGAAGAGGAGGGAAAGGUUAAAGAGGGAUCCGAGCAAGGGCCGACUGCAGAGGAGCUGGAUCAGGCAGUGCUGGUUGUGCCCACCCCUCCAGAUUCAGAUGAACCCAGUGUCUCCACCGUAGAAGAAAGCGAAGUUCCUGCUCCCUCGCUGAAGCGCGUCGCUACAAACCCUCCUGAGGAUCUGAGGUGCGACCAGCCGACCCAGGAUCAACGGUGUGGUACCCCCGAAGAGGGAGGCGCAGACCCCGCAGCGAUUGCGGCCAUUUCCCUCAGCAAGACCCCCAUCAUGAGGAUGAAGACCAAAUCUGAACCCAAGAGGAUUGCCGUUUCCCUGAAAUCAACAGACGUGGCGGUUGAGGGUUUUGGGAGAGGGGGCGAGGGUGAGAUGGACGGAGCCCAGGAGCCCAUCGAAGCUCCUCUAGGGCCGAUGACGCCUGUGGAGAUGCUAUUGCACGACUCCAUGAAGCUCGGGGGAGGCGGCUUGCUGGUCAGCCCGUACUCGGAGCAGCAGAGGAAAGCAGCUACUUUAAACCCCACAGUUUUGCCUGCUGGCCUGGCACAGGUGCUUUCUGCUUUCCAGGCCCAGCAGAGCGCGGCAGCAGCAGCUCAGUCUCAGCUGCUGAUACCCCUCAGCAGCAUACCAUCCUACAGUGCAGCUAUGGACACCAACCCCCUGCUGGGCAACACAUACAAGAAGUUUCCCUACCCCUCCAUGGCUGAGAUCAGCAACCUGGCAGCACAGACCCAGUUCACAGAGGAGCAGAUCAAGGUGUGGUUCUCAGCCCAGCGGCUGAAGCACGGUGUGAGCUGGACUCCUGAAGAAGUGGAGGAGGCCAGGAGGAAACAGUUUAAUGGCACGGUCCACACUGUGCCUCAGACCAUCACUGUCAUACCUGCUCAUCAGCUCUCAGCAGCUGCCAACGGCCUGCAGUCCAUUCUCCAGACCUGCCAGAUAGUGGGCCAGCCCGGCCUGGUGUUCACACAGGUCGGUCCAGGGGGGCACCUUCCGGUGACCAGUGCUAUCACCCUGACAGUGGCAGGGCUGUCCAGUCAGUCCCAGAGCUCCAGCAGAGUUUCCUGCCAGCCCACCGCAACAAACAGUGAGCUGAAGCGGGCUACCACAAUCCAGCCUCCCUCCUUAUCUCCACAGGAGAACUCUGCCCUCAGCGCUGACACGUUCGGUCUGCGGCCCAAAAAGUCCAAAGAGCAGCUGGCAGAGUUGAAAGCCAGCUACCUGAAGAACCACUUUGUCACUGAUGCAGAAAUUUCUCGGCUGAUGAAGCUCACCAACCUCACAAAAGGAGAGAUCAAGAAGUGGUUUAGUGACACCAGGUACAACCAGCGCAACUCCAAGAACAGCCACGUCAUUGUUUUCCAUGACGGAAUGGGCAGAGGAGGAGGGGGCAGCUGCGGUAGCAACACAGGCACCACCAUUAUCAUUGACUCAAGCGAUGAGACCCCCACAUCUCCCCAUCCUCCACGCACUCCUCCUGUGAAGGAAAAAGAGACGCGGCCCAAAACGUGGAAUCCCUUCCCAGAUUUUACCCUGCAGAAGUUUAAGGAGAAGACUCCGGAGCAGCUCGUGGUGCUGGAGGAAAGUUUCGAGAAGAGCAACACUCCCUCAGAUGAAGAGCUGAGCCGCCUGAGGACCGGGACUAAACUGACGCGGAGGGAGAUUGAUGCCUGGUUCACUGAGAGACGAAAAAUGCCACCCGUCAGCAAUUCUUCCCCGGAAUCUUCAGAGGGAGGAAAGAUGGAGGCAGAGGGAGCAAAAGCAGUAGGAGCCAAUUCUUCUCCUUCCGGCUCUUCCUCUCGUAGAGGCAGUCAGACCCCUCCCGGCGGUCGCGGUAGGCAGUGUCCCACCAGCAGCAACAAAGACAUGAGAGACAAGAGUAAAAAGACUCCCGAGCAGCUCCAUAUUCUGAAAAGUGCCUUCGUGCGGACCCAGUGGCCCACGCCAGAGGAGUACGACCAACUGGCAGAGGAGAGUGGCCUCCUCCGGUCCUACAUAGUCAGCUGGUUCGGAGACUCCCGGUACUCGUGGAAGAACAGUAACUUGAAAUGGUUCUUCCAGUACCAAAGUGGCAACAUUGAAGGGCCAAAUGGGGGAGGAGGAAAUAAAAUGGGAAGCAGCAGCAGCAGCAGCGGCAGCGGGAGCGGCGGUCGAAAAAGAAGAGGCCGAAAUCGCGGGUGGGGGCGGUCCCGAACCAGAAGGCAGCCGAGAAGGUCCGCCUCCUCCAGUGCAGAUGUUGAUAGACCUCCCCCGUCAAAGAAGAUCAAGAGUGGCAGGGAGAUUCUGAAGGAGUACUACAUACGGCACCGUUUCCUCAAUGAGCAAGACCUCGACGAACUCGUCACCAAGACCAACAUGAGCUACGAACUGGUGAGGGAGUGGUUUGCUGAGGUCCAGAGACGCUUGGACACGGGCUUGGACCCCUUCCAGGAGGCGGCUGCAGCAAGGACGCAGGGCGGCGAGGCGGGAGACGGAGGGGAGACGCAGGGAGGGAUGUCCUCGGCCAACGAGCAGCAGGGCGCCACGGCAAUGGGAGACGAGGGGGAGGAUGAAGGAGACGAGGAGGAAGACGGCGGUGAUGAUACCGACGACAGUGAGGUUUGGGAGCCGUCACGUAGCGUCAGGAAAUCCUUGUCAGUCUCUGAAGACUAAAGAUUGUGGAAAACCCGGUGAAACAUGACAGAAUGUUACAAGAGAGGUAGUGGAAUGACCAAUGCUGGGAGACUGUUAGCAAUGUCUUUAUAACCACAGACUUUUACUCUUUUGCAACAAUAAUUCACUGUAUUUUCUAACUAUUUCUGACGUCACGCCCACGUGAGACCCACACACUAUUAGCUUUAGCUCACUCUCUCUAUACUUGUCUUAUUUUACUGUAAGUAAGGUGUAACAGAUAGGAUAUCUGUUGCGAUUACAUAUUAACUACACGUGUUACUAGAUCAGUGUUGGGCAAGUUACUUAACUUUGACUCAUUGAAAAGGUAAUAAUCACUUACUUAUUACUUGAUAGCAAAUGUAAGAAGUGAUGUAUGUUGGCUAUAUUUCUAAAUUCAUGGAAAGGACACCAAUAUUCAGCUUUUUUAAUAAAGGUUCCUGUGGCGUACCGUAGCCUCUGUGACCCGUGUAGUGACAGACAGUGCACCCGAUCAGCUGAUUGAUAUUCCGCUUCCCCAAACUGUUUUGCACGUUGGGCUGCACAUACCUGAACCAAAAGCAGAAGGUGGGCAUGUAGAGGCCCACACAGUCCUCAAUGGUAUUUAAUAUUCAAAUUUCCACUGAGAGAGCCACAUUUUAAAGAGAGGCUGCGCUGCCAGCUUUUGCUCCCACAUAGAGCUCCAGGGACACGGCUCUGCCCAACACUGAUUCAGACACAUUUGUACAUUUGAUUGCAACUAAUGAUUACUGUUUGCAUGAGAGGAUGCCCCAGAUGUUCAAAUGAAGCCAGUAAUGGAGAUUUUGUUGCAAUUCCUUGAGAAGGCCCCUGGAGCCCGUUAUAAGCACGGGCCUGAACUCAAACUGAAAUCUCUUAAUGUCUUGCAUGUUUUAGCCCUGUUCCAAAACUAAGAGACAAAAUAAUAAUGAUCAUCUUUGUAUCUACAAGGUUCCUAAAGAAGGAAUCACAGCUAGAUGUCACUGGUGAGCCAUGUACUGGAACUGGCAUACAUCUAUUUGGGGAACCUGUUGAUUUGACACUCGACACCUUUUGUAAAGUUCAUCGCAAGGACCGGAUUUGAAACGGCAGGUCCUUUUUGAGUUAAGGCCUUAAACGAUACGAUACGAGAAACCUGAUUGCUGAAUGAAUGCCAAUGUUGUGAUGCUUUGAAACGCAGGGUGUCUAAUGAUGCCUCCCUUUACAGCAGCUUGUCGUUUCAUAAGUGUCACAGAUAUGUACCCAAAACACGGAUCUGAAGAAAUGCCAUUGUAUGCGUUUAGUGUGCAGUGCUUUUAAUGUUUGAACACUACUGUUUAACCUUUUGGAGUGAACACAUCCUGUAUUAAUAAAGGGGCCUUUUUAAAGGCUGAUCAGACCGAAUGAGGCUGAGGUCCCAAAGUUAAAGGAAAGGAUUUGAAGACGGGGAAUGCAGUUUUGCAAGUUGUCAAAAACAAACCCUGUGAUCGUUUUGGAUCUUGACCCCUACCUUAAAGACCUUUUAAGCAGUAUUCAAAUAAGAAUUUUACUCCAGUCUGCACUGAAAAACACGCUUGAAGCACCUAAAAUCAACUUUUAAAAAGCACUUUGUCCACUUGUAUGCGUAGUGGACUGAAUCCUAAUUUGGCACCUUAAUCUCUAAUUAUACCAUAGAAUGGCUCUGAGAGACCAACUCUGUUUUUAUACAAACUGCACCAGUGUUUUGCCUUUUUUUUAUCCUUGAUGUGUGUUCAGGAGGAAGAAUCCAUUCAUCCACUUUUCUAAUAUUGUGUGUGGUUUAUAUUUGGAUGCUUACAAGUCUCAAAAAAACUUGUCAAACAAUCACCCACCACUUUCUUUUGCUGUGUUGCACAAUUUGAGCAUCCAUUAAAUGUGUUCUAUUUGUUAUCAUGUUUUGUAUUUAUGCUUAAAAGCAUUUGAAUGGUUUCCCAUCCCUCCUCCUCUGCUCCCUGUUGCUCGAUGAAUGCCUAGACCUGUGAUGUGCACUUCCCAAGAUACCUUUCUGUCAAUAUGAGCGGUUUUCUGCCUCACUAAAUUGUCCACAACACAGGCAGACAAACAGAACUGUACCAACAUCUUCAAAAGCAGAAGAAAAAAAAACAGACAUUGUAAGAAAAUUCACUUUCUCUCGUGGAAGGAAUUGUUCUUAAUGCGUGAAGAAACCGCGCAGCAUUCCCUCUGUGGUGGGAGGUCUACCAAAUAACUUUCCGUUCCCCUGGCGCUUCGCUGCAAUGCGUUGACAGGACGAUGGACGGAAAACCGUCUCCAUCACAGUUCUUCAGAAAUGGGGGAGAGACUGAUGAGGCUUCGCAGAUAAACCUAUGUGCCUACGUGGCUCGUGCACCCGUCGCAACAGAAUCUCACCCCGUUCUCCACAGGAGACGAGGGAGAACUUGUGAAUGCUCUAUGAAGCACAUCGCUGUUUGGGGAUUUGUAUGGACGACUUAUUCAAACAAAGUUGUUGAUGAUUGAUCUCUGCUGACGCUAAAAGAUGCCUAGAGACUCUGAGGUCGACGGGGGAAACGUCUCCAAGUCCUCAUAACGGAUAAACUUGCUGUUCAGAAGCGUAUCGGCGUCUCUCACCGAGCACUCGCUGCACUACACGCUGGCACCUCGGCCACCGUGUCCAAAAAGCAUUUGCCUAAAGUGAAAGCCGUCGGCCCGCCGUGAACAGCUGAAAUAGUUGAUAACGACCGCCGGAGAGCUGAGACCUUGAUACGUUUUGUCGUAAGCGCUUGGCCUCAAUUGAAAAUGUAAAGGUACGCCAUUUGUCUGAUACUGCAUGCAAUAACCAAUACAAACAAAUGCUCAUUUUGUACAUACAAUAUGUUGGGUCGGUGUACAUGGUGCAGAAGAAGCCUAAUGUGGGAUUCUUUGUUUGUAUAUCUUUGAUAAUACCAGUUCAUUUUCAUUAACAAGUGGAUUGCAACUAUGGACCUGUUUUCUUUUUCUUUUUUGUUCAAUUCGUGGACACGUUUUCAUCCUCUGCUUGGAUGUGUGUUAUCGCCACAUUUGUAGUCCAUGUACAGCAGCCAUACUGAAACUGCACAAACUCAUUUGUAACGUGUGCUAAUUUGUACACAUGACUCAAAGUGUCAGUUACUUUAGAAGGUUUUGAUCCACAUGUUAGGCCUGAUCCCGCCCCGGCUAUCCAGUCUUUUACAGUGUGCUCUGUCUUUCCUAUUGUCAGUCUGAAUGCUUUUAUAUGUUUCUAUCUAUGAAAACUGUCUUUACAACUCUCCAGGCAUCCAUGGAUUGCUGGUUAACAAGACAGACUCAUUAAAUAUGUACAAUAGCGUGAUGUUUUUUAAAAUAGAAUCUGUUUUAGAGUAUUUUAAAGUAUUGCUCAUGUGGCUUUUUGGUACUUUGAAAAAGUUUAGAAUCAUAACCCAAGAGAAAAGACAUGUUCAGGGAUGAAGGAAUUUCUCUAACCAAUGUCCUGGUGGCGUUGGGGAAAUGUUUUUUGCCUGUUAUUCAUGUUUGCCCUUAGAACUAACCUGUUUUCUAAAGAUAGAUUAAAUUGCACAAAGUAAUUUAAAAUGAUAUCAGCUGUUUACCCGACUGAGUUCCACUCAUAGUAAUGCACUAAAAAGUCUUUUGAAAGUUUGGGAGGAUCUAAUAAAAUGUGCAAAUCCGUUACAUGAUCGGUGUAAGUGUACGAUCCCAUUUUUUUGGACCACGAGCCAUCUUGGAGACAAAAGUAAUGAUUAUAAAAAUACAGUUAUUCAUUUCUGUGGAUAUUUCAGCUUCUGCUGCACACAUUCUGACGCUUAUACUUAAAUCUGUCUCUCAACUCCCGCUACUUUGUUGAGUUGCAUUACUUAAACACUGGAGUGACUCUUCAAUGACGUUCUGUGUGUCAGACAGGAGAUAGAAACAGAACCAGCCUGGUUCUGCUGCAAUACACGUAUGUAAAAGACCUUCGGUUUUUUAACAUGAAUCAUGCAUUUAAAUAUUCCCCCAGGUUGCUGAAGUGACAUGUCUGCUCCUUGAGUUAUGAUUUUAAAUCCAACAGUCCCCCUGUGUCCCAGUUGACGUUGUGCAGUAUAGCUAAGAGCUGCCGUUGUGAUGCGAGUAGUUUACCCGAUGUCUCAUUGUGCACAUGUCAUAUCUCCACCUCUGCUAGUCCUCACUCGUGUUCUCUAUUUAGACGGCUAGCCGCUUGGAUGAUUCUUACAGCAUUCAGAGAUUCAAAUGAUUUCAUUAUAGAACAGCCACAUAUUUUUGGUUAAAAAUAAACAUCUCAGAAUUGUUAUAUGCUCAUGAUUUAUUUUUAUUUUUUUCAUUUACAGUGAAUUUUUCACCACCUGGUUUUUCUGAUCAAAUGUUUUAUCUGUUGACAGUUUUUACCCCAAAUAAUUCCUUAUCAAGGUCUGUUCUAAGUUUUUUUUAAACAUGUUUCACAUACUUGUAGAUAUGUUUUACUGACCGAUGAGUCUCUUCGGCUCCUGUAUGAGGUGCGGGUUGGGUCUGUAGACACAGAUGCUGUCGGUAGAGAACAAUGAUCUAUCUGUCAACUCUGAAUAAAGGUUGGAAUAUGAAAGCAACACUCUUUGCGGCCGCAGGCGACGGUGCUUUUGUUUGUGAUGACCUGAAACUCCUCAGUUAAACAGUUCAAAUGGUUUUAUAAGUUAUUCCUACACUGUCUGUGCAUCUGAAAUGUGUUAACAGGUCUGUCAGAAACUUUGAUUAAACAUGGUUUGUGUACA